AAUUUCCUUCCUUUAGUGUAGAGCUAAGAGCUGGCUUAAAAACAUUGUGUUACACUAUUUUAAAUGUUAAUCAAUUUUUAUAUUAAACUGGCCACUCACUGUGAAUACAACUAUAUGUAAGUGUACGCAGACAAAAUGUGGAUGAGUUGUAGGUCCUACAGAUGGUUGAAGCAAGGGAGGUGAGAUAUCAGAGAUGUUCACAAAUCCAGGUCCACACUCAAGUCUUUGAGGGCCAAUACCAAGUCAGGGUCCAAGUCACAGUUCAGAGUCAUUUUAUUUUUGAUAAGAUGACCUGGGUGACUGAGAACUUACAUAGUUAAUAAGUGCAACAUGAAUCAGUUCUCAGACCUGGAUAGGUGCUAGACAAAGACAGAUUAUCUCCAGUGGAUGACCCCUGAAAGGAGCAACUGAAGGAAUGAUGUUCAUCUGGCUUCAGGUCUUUCAUCAGCUUUUCAAAAAGAUUUAGUGACUUAGAGGUCAGUAACAGUCACUUCAGCCGUCUGGAGCUACAAAGGUAGAAAGUAGUGUGAGUGUUCCUUGAAGAGCCUGCAGGUUUAGAAAUACUGUGAAAAGGAUCUCUCGUCUUGUAUACAGUAAAAGCAUCAAAGCAUUUGACGUUCAAAUUCAAUAACCUGAGGAGGAACGAUGGAACAACGACACAUACUGUAGAGAGGGGAGACCUUUCCUCAUCCCGCACUUUGCUGUAUCAGCAGGGUUGGAACAGCUGCACGAUUGGACAGCGUCGCUGCGACCCAGUCAAGCAUCACCACUGCUGACAGGGGAGGAAAAAGAUAUAAUGAUAAUAGGUGAAGCGCUCACAAGUAGAACAGAUGUCCUCCUGUAAACCCUAAUCAAUACAUGCUGGAACAAACUGGACCACACUUUAAAUAAUAAGAGGAGUUUCAUCUCAUCAAUUUGUUUGGCUCAAAGACCAUUCCAGAGAAGCUAUACUGCAGAUGUGAGGUUCAUGUCAGGCAAGGCAAUGACUCCAACAGUACACAGUAAUACAUUUCAGAAUGUAAUUUGACAUUCAAUCUGCCAAUCCCUUAGUCUAUAUAUUCCAGUUAUUACGUAAAUCAUCCAUGACGUCCAUCUAUUGUACUCCUACUAGAAAUACAUCCGUUCUGUUGCGCUCCUGUGACCUUACACUUAUGUUCACGUAAUACCGUGGGUCUCCACCCUGCUCAACAAGUGUUUGACCCUCCAGUGUUCAGCAUCCCGCCCUGUCCUGAAUCUUGACCCUCUCCUGCUAUCGGGAGAUUUGAAACUUCCUUUUUGGGACUGUCUGGCUCUCCAGAUGUUUCCUGAACUCCGUCGCGUUCAUAACUCACUCCCCUCCCCGUUAGUGAAAGGGCAACAAGAGGACAGGGAGAGAACAAGUGUGUCAUUAACCAAAUGAUACCUGGAGUCACACUGCAACAGAGCUGAACAGAGCGCAGCUGACAUCCACUCUGGAAGCCGGGACAGAUGUAACUCUAGGUCACACGGACACCAAAGGAAGAGAGACACAUUGAACCUACUUUGGAGCUGCUCACCUUUUCUACAUAUUUAGAGUGAAAGCUCUGAGUCCAGUAAUUUAGUUUUUGCAGCUGUCUCUGUGGGACAGACAGCCAUGUCGUGGGACUGUGGUCUGCGGUACAUGUUCUCUGUGGCUCCUGCAGUGCAGCAACCAGGGGGCAUGUGCAUCCUGCCUGACAAGGAGGACCUGUCCAGACUGGAGAUGGUCCAGAGACUGGCCAAGGAUGGCUGCCGCUUCCUCCAAAACCACAGCAAAAGUCCGGAGAAGACGAGCGAGCCCCGGAGUGACGAGGCAGUCCGCAUUUAUCUGAGGGAGAGGGGCCACAAUGUGCUGGUUCUCCAGAGAGUGUCAUCAGAGUGGCCAGCCCUCCCCGCGUCGACGAGGGGAGGAGGGAGAGAGGAGGCGAGGCACGGGAGGUUCGUGGUGGUCGCAGGGACUCCUGAGAAGAUCCUGGAGCACCUACUGAACGACCUGACACUGGACGACAACCAGGGAAAAGAGUCUGACACACUACUGGACGACUUCCUGCUGCCCUAUCCAGUGUUCAUGUCAACCAGUGACUUAUGUCAAGCUCUGCUGGGACACUAUUGCACCAAACGAUACAGAGGAAGAGAGGACAGGAAGGAGGCACUUGAGAGAAAACAGAAAGUCCUGCACCUGGUGUCACAGUGGAUGUCUCUCUGCAAAGACUUCCUGAGAGACGAGGAGCCUGUCAAAGUGUUCAUGAAGACUCUGUAUCGUUACGUGUUGGAUGAUCUUUACGAGCACCCAGCCCUGGAGGCAGAUGUGAGGGAGCUACAGAAACUCUACCAGCUGCAUCAGCGACAUGCAGUGGAUGAAUACUCACCGCAGAGAAAGAGCAAAACACUUUUCCACCAAUUGAGCCUUAAGGAGGCUGAGCUCCAGGCCAGAAGCACACAGAGGGAGACAAAGGAAGCAUUGUGCCAUGUCUACGUCACCAUGGACGUGUACCUCAGUAUAAAGGUCCAUGGUGGUGUGUUAGCCCAGGAGCUAUUACACAUAGUGGCAGAAAGGAUGGAUGUACCCCAGGAGGAAUUAGCACUUGUAGCUGUGACAUUUCCUGGAGGCAGGGUCUUCCUGCAGCCUCAGGAUAGAGUUUUCUCUGAUUCUUUACGACCACUGGGGAGGUUGCACAUUUGCAGGAAGGAUGCAGGAGAAUUCCUGUUUCCAUUAAUAGACAAUUCCGAGGUGCAGCAGAGGUCUGCUCGCAUGUUCAGUCUAAACACAUGGGAUGUCGCCGUCGCCUUGACCAACUUUGACUGGACCAUCUUCAACUCAAUACAUGAGCAACAACUGGUCUACUUCACCUUUAGCCGCCAUGCUGGCAGCCACCACACUGUGGCGUUAGAGCUGCUGCUGCAGCGCUGCAAUGAAGUGCAGCUGUGGGUGAUGACUGAGGUGCUGCUUUGCCCAACACUCUGCAGAAGAGUCCAACUCAUCAAGAAGUUCAUUAAAAUCGCCGCCCACUGUAAAGCACAGAGGAACCUCAACUGUUUCUUUGCCGUUAUAAUGGGCCUAAACGCUGCAGCAGUGGGCCGACUCACCCAGACCUGGGAGAAAAUCCCUGGGAAAUUCAAAAAGCUGUUUUCAGAACUCGAGACAAUGACAGAUCCUUCACUGAACCACAAAGCCUAUAGGGACUCCUUCAAAAAGAUGAAAGCACCAAAGAUCCCCUUUCUUCCUCUGCUACUGAAAGAUAUCACAUUCAUUCACGAAGGUAAUAAGACAUUUCAUGACAACCUGGUCAACUUUGAGAAACUGCACAUGAUCGCAGACACAGUGCGCCUCAUCCGACAGUGUCAGACAGAUCCCAUGGGAAACAGCAUCACUCAGAAGAGCAGCCCUGACGUCAGAGCCUACGUUGAUUACCUUCAUAUCAUCGACAAUCAGCAGACUCUGUUUGAACUGUCGCACAGGCUGGAGCCCAGAGCUUAGAACAGUUUCUCCCUCUGCUCUGUUCACUCUGUCACAAUGUCAGGUCGCCAAGGGACAAUCUGCAGAUGUCUCCUUUAUCUCUCAGGACACAAGUCAGAAAGAAGACUGCAUGACCGUAGCCAGCCACAGGGGGGAGCCAUCCAAUAAGAAAUCUCUGUGCACAAACGUCUGAGGUUAGAAUGAGGUCAGACCUCUGAUGCCUGCUCGCAAGCUGUGUGUGUGCGCGCGUUUUAGCCAGUCCUGCUGUCUCUCUGCUGUUACUUUUAUUUCCUACAGGUGGAGGUUUCAGCGGGUAUACUACAGAUCCGUGUGACGGCCCAACAGCGCCUCUGUGUGGCUUAGCAGUCUGCAAACCCGAGAUUGUUUACAAAGCUACAAAAAGACAAGAAAAAGUCAGAGAUCUGCAACAUCAAAGUUUUGUUUGACAGAAAAGGUCACAGGUAUUUUUAACAAGUGACAAACAAUUAUUAGACAAAUGAUGCAGAAGAAUGCCAAAGCAUUUAACAGCAUCAGAUAUUUUAUGUCAGGAUUUAACCAAAGAGCAAUUAAGUAAGUGUUUCUUUUGCGUUUCAUCUUUUUUGACAGGUAAUUACAGGUUGUUGAAGUACAAAUGAAGACGUGGUUCUGUUUAAAUGGAUUUUCACCACAGAACCGAAUUAUUUAUUCACCUUCUAUCGUUUCAUGCUUUUCAGGGUCAUGGCGGGUUAUGAGGUCGAUCCCAGUAGGUAGUUAUUGCCUGGACAGUCUGCCAGUCUAUCACGUACAAACAAACACGAGACAAACACUCAUUCACAUUCCAUUUCAUAUUUGUGGUCAACUAUUGACGAACAUUUAACUGUAAACCUGCAUGUUUUAGACAAUGGGAGGAAACUGCAGAUAACACAGAGAACAAACAAACUUUACAAAAAGACUGAGAAUCAAAUGAACUAGUGACCUUUUUGUAGUAAGGCAAGAUCAAAUACCACUCACCCCCAUCUGGUCCCUGUUAUUGUUGCGGUUAAAUAGUUCACAUUUCAUACGAAUAGUUUUGAAUAUACUUCAUUAGUUUGUGACCUUUUAUUAUUCACCUGUAGUUCAGGAAAUAUGAGGAUCAGUUAAAACAGUAGGUUGUGUGUGAAAACUGGUUGUUUUUUUUUCUGCAAAUGCUCGUGCCAAAUACCACACACUGUCCAUGACUGUUUAGUCCUCACUCCAUGUAGUAAAGCAUUGGACAAUCAGUAGAAGAUAGAUGUCUACAUUUCAGGUUCAGGCCCAAACAUCAAAGUCUGAGAAUCAUACAGUCACAAUGAAUCGUUUCAACUUCACAGGUUCAGUCCUUCUACAGUGUUUGAGGGACCAGGAUUAGUCGGUCUACAUCGCUAAACUUCAGGCAUCCAUUUUUUUUAUUAUAAACUUCCCUAUUAAUAAGAGAGAAUUGUUUUUCAUAUUAAUUUUGUUUUUUCUGAACAGACAGAACAUGUGCAAUAGCAAAAUAAAAUACUGCAGCACCUUUAAACAUGAACACAGGUUGAGCAGAGAGAUUGAUGCCGCUGUCUCCGACUGUGUAGCAGAAAAGUAUUAUAACGUAUGAGUACACGUUGUUAAAUGGUUAUGGUGGGGUAUUACUGUAAAUGAUACUUCUCAACAUUUUGUGUGUAUAUAUUUGUUUUAAACCCACCAUAAACAUAGAAAUACACAUACAGUACUCUUUAUGUUUUACCAUCAGCUACAGGUAUUAUUUAUAUUGUACUGUAUAUACUGUAUAUUUUUUUUACAUAUGUGUAAUUAUUUAUUUCUGACAUAUUUAUUUGUUCUUUAAAUGCACAUUUUUUCUUUUUUUUUGUGGAUUCUUUGGACGCACUUUUUGGAUUGGUCUGCAUGACAUGGACAACCAUGGAUUGACCAGCAGUGCAUGCAAUAAAGUGUUUUCUCAUUU